CAGGAGGGCUAAGUCAAACAUGACGAAUCUGCAGACAGAAUCGACGUGUAAAAGCUGCACGUGUGCAUCACGGAUGCAUCUCUGGCGUGUAGAUCAUCCUGGACGGAAUAUCUAGUCAGUGACUUGAGACUUCGCAGGUACUUGCGCCGUCAGCUUUCGUGCGGGGCUCACAAGGUACCCUGGAAGUACCUCAACUCAACCGUCCCGCCGUCCACCGCCUUCUCGAACCUCCACCUUUUUUCUUCCUUCUGUUCCACUCAAGACAUUUAGUUGAGUUUUCGUGCCAUCAAGCAUAUAUUACUGGCCUCUCUCCCCUGUCUUUCCCCUUCCCUCUUCCGUUUCUCUCUCUGCUUUUUCUUUCCACUCAUCACUAUGCCCCCUGGCCAGAUGCCGAGUCAGGUCGCCGCGAUCUCGGGAUAGAACGGUGGCUGAAAGGCUUUGCGCUCUAGAUUCGCCUUUUCUUUAUGGUUUACCUUUCUGGGUCAUUGUUCUGAACGAGAUCAUUAUCAAUACACUGGAUAUUUUGGAUGUGGGUGCCCUAUGGCCCAGAGCUAUCUCCCUGUUAGGUUGAGUCAAUAGGACUGUCGCUAACCGCGAAUUCUCCGACAGAAACUACCACAGCAUCCUAGACUCCCCUGCAUCGCAUGACUAAAUCCGGUACAAUGGCUGAAUCGCCUGGCAACGAGCGCAAACCGCCAGGUGGCGGAUGGAGGAGAUGGUUCGGAGCUUUAUCCAAUCGAGACUCGGGCGACGCCGAUGCGGAAAACGAAAACUAUAGAUCGAAGUCGACGCUGGGUAUCUUGAGCGAUAAGCAGACUGACGAGGUUCCUGGUACGGCCUUCCACUUGCCGAUAGACAUGCGACUGGUUGUGGUUGCUAACCGAUUUCAUCUCAUCCACAGGAACGGUCCUUCUGCUAUCUUCCAACCGUAACGAGCCGUUAGGUAUGAGACAUCAGCCCCGACGCGCGUCCGCCUCGUCCUUACCCUCUCCGUACCCGCCGUCUCGAUCCUCGUCGGUUCAAUCCAGGCUUGCGCACAAGAAGACGGCCGAUGGACAGAUCGUGUUGAAUCCUCAGCCAGACGACUCCGUCAACGACCCGUUGAACUGGCCGAUGUGGCGACGGGAUGCGGCCUUGGUUUCCUUGGGGUUCUAUUCUCUGAUGGGUGGCGGUAUGACGCCCGUGCUGGCCGCCGGAUUCAACGAAGUCGCUGCGAGCUACAACGUGGAUACUCAGAAGGUGGCCUUCACCACCGGUCUCUACAUGCUGGGACUGGGGGUGGGAUCGGUGAUCAUGUCGCCCACCGCGAUCCUCUACGGAAAGCGCCCCAUCUAUUUACUUGGCGCCACGCUGUUCAUCAUUUCCGCGGUGUGGUGUGCACUGUCGCCGAACUAUCCCAGUCUGGUCGUGGCGCGCGUCUUCCAGGGCAUUGCCGUCAGUCCCGUGGAGUGUCUUCCGUCGGCGACCAUCGCCGAGAUAUAUUUUCUGCAUGAGCGUGCGUACCGCGUCGGCAUCUAUACGCUGCUUCUUCUGGGCGGCAAAAACCUCGUACCGCUGGUGAGUGCCGCCAUUAUCGGAAGUAUGGGGUGGCGCUGGGUGUUCUGGAUCGUGGCGAUCAUCGUCGGGGGCUGUCUCGUGUGCAUCUUCUUCUUCCUGCCGGAGACGUUCUGGGAUCGGACGCCGCGGCCGCGACGCUCCGGAAAACACAGUAACUUGUACAACACCAUGUCUAAUCUUGUUUCGCACGGUCUUCGGGGCCGGUCGACCCACGCGCACCUGCAUGACGAGGACACUGCACCCGAGAAAAGCGCCGACACUGUGGUCCCGAAGAAGUCGAAAAAAGGCCGUGUCGGGUUCGCAGAAGACCACGAGGACGACCGUGAGAUCGAGGCUGAGAAUGAGAAAGACGAAUUCCCAGAGAAUCACCAACAUUCCGCGACCCCCAGCUCGGCCGUUACCGAGCGCCCUACUCCCGAGAACCUGUCCAGCCUGGCGCUGGAAAAACCGGACCACGGACAUGACCUGGAAACCGGCAGACAACCUGGCGUCUCUCCGGCGCGCAGCGAAUCACUCGACCCCAGCGCACCCGCCAACCCAUCCGUGCGCUACACGAACCAACUGCGAGAGAAGCCCCUGAUGCCAUUCCUCCACUACCUGCGACCCUGGCACGGGCGCAUUUCGCAUGACAGCUGGAUUCGCGUCGCCGUGCGGCCCUUCAUCCUCUUCGCGUACCCGGCCGUCCUCUGGUCCGCCGUCGUCUACGCCCUUUCGGUGGGCUGGCUCAUCGUCGUCUCAGAAAGUGUGGCACACAUGUACCAAGGGCGGGCGAACUACAACUUCACCGCUCUCCAGACGGGACUGGUCUAUAUCUCGCCGUUCGUGGGCGGUCUGCUGGGCACAAUCGUCGCCGGGCGGGUGUCCGACGUGAUCGUGAAAUUCAUGACGCGGCGGAACGGCGGUGUGUACGAGCCGGAAUUCCGACUCGUCAUGGCAAUUCCGAUCGCGUUGUCGACAACCAUCGGGUUGAUGGCGUUCGGAUGGAGUGCGGAGGUGAAGGACGCGUGGAUCGUGCCGACGAUAUUCUUCGGGAUGAUCUCGUUCGGGUGCUGUUUGGGCAGCACGACGGCGAUUACGUUCUGCGUGGACAGCUAUCGCCAGUAUGCGGGGGAGGCGCUGGUGACGUUGAACUGGAGCAAGAGUAAGUCGCCCGUCCUAAUAAUGAUGGGACAAAUCGCUAACGACGACGGUAGACGUGUUCCACGGGUUGGUGUUCUCUCUGUUCAUCGUCGACUGGCUGGACGCGCAGGGGUCGCGGACAGUCUUCCUUGCUCUGGGCGGCAUCCAGCUCGGAUGUCUUCUGUUCUCAAUCCCCAUGUAUAUAUAUGGCAAGCGGGCACGGAUGUGGACGGUACGAGUAAAGUUGAUGGAGCGAUUCUGACCGAAUGUAAGACGAUAGACGUCGGAAUAUACAAUGCUAUCUUGGCGAGAACUUGCGAGAUGAUAAGUGAUGAAAUGCAACGGCGUAUAAAAGAAAGCAAUGACCUCGCAGCUAGCACCGUAGACAAUCCAUACACCUACCUAUCUGAAUGCCUAUGAUUAGAAGGACGAGAAUUGAAGCCCUAGAGUCAACACACAUGAGAAUAAAUCAGGCCCAAGUCUAGAUCGCUUAGUCACCGGCCGAGGACCGUUUCCGAUGGAGAUGAUUGCCACACGAUCUUCAUGCAAGGGAAAUCAGCCCAUCCGAGGACCCGCGGACCCCAUUGAU